AUGGAAGGCCCCUUGGACUUCCAUCCUCCUCUGGAUGGGUUCCGCUUCGUGGACGUGAUCGGCCGGGGCAGCUUCGGCCUGGUGAAGCUGGCCCGGCACCUGGCGUCCGGCAAAUACGUAGCCGUAAAGAUCCUCCUGCAAGACGCCUCUCCCAGCAGCCCGCUGUCCGCGCAGGGGGAAGCGGCCAUCCUGAGGAGCCUGCGGCACAAGAACAUCGUGCGGCUGCUGGCAGAGCGGCACACCAGGACGCACCUGUUCCUGGUCAUGGAGCUGGCGACCAAGGGCUCGCUGCAGAGCUAUGUGUUUGAGCAGGGCGGCCUGGGCGAGGCCGAGGCCAGGAGCCUGUUCGGCCAGGCGCUGGCCGCCGUGAGCUACUGCCAUGGCCAGCGUGUGGCGCACCGGGACCUCAAGCUGGGCAACCUACUGCUGGAUGCCCACCUGAACCUCAAGCUGGCGGACUUCGGGCUGAGCCUGCGGCUGGAGCAGGGCGCGCUGGUAAGGGGCUUCUGGGGGACCCCCGAGUACUGCGCCCCCGAGCUUUUCCUCGGGGAGGCCUACGACCCCUUUAAGGCCGACGUGUGGAGCCUGGGGGUGGUGCUGUUUGCCAUGCUGGCGGCCAAGCUGCCCUUCCGCGGCAAGGACACGGAGGAGCUGCAGGACACGGUGCUGUGUGGCUGCUACGUGCUGCCGCGUGCCGUCAGCCCGGCCCUGCAGGAGCUGCUGGCUUGGCUGCUCACUGUCGACGCCUCGGGGAGGCCCAGUGCGGAGGACGCCGGGACCCACUGGUGGUUCGGCCCUGGCCAAGAUGGCACGGGGACCGAGGGGACGCCAGGCCCUCAGCCCUGCAGCCCCGAGGCCCUGCCUGAGUCCUCACAGGGCGAGGAGCGCCGCUCCAUAGAGAAGGACGGCUUGUCUCUGGUGUCGGUGUCCUGUGACAGCAUGUCCGUCGACAUUUCCUCCGCACGAAGAGACUCCUCCGAGGCCUCCAGCCAGCCACAGCAGCAGUGGAACCGGGCUUCCAGCGCCGCCCCCGACUCCUCCCAGGCCUCCAGCCAGCCACAGCAGCAGUGGAACCGGGCUUCCAGCGCCGCCCCCGACUCCUCCCAGGCCUCCAGCCAGCCACAGCAGCAGUGGAACCGGGCUUCCAGCGCCGCCCCGGACUCCUCCCAGGCCUCCAGCCAGCCUCAGCAGCAGUGGAGCCCUGCUUCCAGCGCCGCCCCCGACUCCUCCCAGGCCUCCAGCCAGCCACAGCAGCAGUGGAGCCCUGCUCCCGGCGCUGCCCCUCAGCCAGCCUCCAAAGCGUCGCCCUCCAGCCCCAGCACCCAGAGCCUCAUCGACCUCCCUGAGCCAGAAGCCGCCGCAGCAGCCCAUGAGCCUGAGGACUCUGGGACCGCAGCCACCGCUGACACCACAGACACCAAGGCCAGCGCCCAGGGCAAGAGGCAGGGCCGGUGCGGGGUCGGCAGGAGGAUCCUCCGGUUCCUGCUGAGGGCGUGCUGCAUCCUGCCAUCCCGAGGGAGCAGCCCUGGCCUCCGCGGCAGCAGAGUGGUCCCCAAGUAG